AUGAUGCACGCGAGGCAGAUAUGGCGCCCGGCGCGCCUGGGAUAUCGCCGCUGUGUCUCCCAACGUCAGGUCUCCGGCCUGGCACCCAGGUCGGCCGAUGCUCCCUUUCGGCUCGCCGUAGUGGGAUCCGGCCCAGCUGGGUUUUACACUGCCUAUCGGGUCAUGAAUAGGGUACCUAAUGUCCAGGUUGACAUGUACGAGGCGUUGCCUGUGCCAUUUGGCCUGGUUCGCCAUGGCGUCGCCCCAGAUCAUCCGGAAGUCAAGAAUUGCCAAGACAAAUUUGAAGAAGUUGCUUCUUCUCCAAAUUUCAGAUUCCUCGGCAAUGUGUCCGUAGGGUCAAGCUCAGAACCGUUCUCCCCAGACCAGUGUCGCGUCGAGCUGCAGCAGCUCUUGCACAAUUAUGACUCCGUACUACUCGCUUACGGCGCUUCGGAGGACAAGAAACUGGGAAUCCCAGGCGAGUCCACGCUCAAGGGCAUCUACUCUGCCAGGCAAUUCGUCGGGUGGUAUAACGGCCUGCCCGACUCCGCUGGCCUUGAGCCAGACCUCAGGGGCGAGGAGGCCGUUGUCAUUGGCCAAGGCAACGUGGCUCUUGACGUGGCACGAAUGCUUCUGGAAGAUAUCGAUGUGCUUCGGAAAACUGACAUCGCGGAGCACGCCCUCGAACAGCUUGCGCAAAGCAAGAUUCGGAGAGUACGCGUUGUCGGGCGUCGCGGCCCUAUGCAGGCAGCAUUUACAAUCAAAGAAGUUCGCGAGCUCAUGAAGCUACCGAAGGUUGCCUUCCAUCCCGUGAACAGAGCGCUUAUACCAGAAGAUCUGAAAUCACUCCCCCGCGCUCAGAAGCGACUUAUGGAAGUUGUUGUCAAAGGCACCGCCAGUAGCCCCAAUGAUACGCCGCUAUCUUGGUCACUCGACAGCUGUUUAUCUCCAAGACAUUUUUUGGCCAACGCUGAAGACGCCACACGAGUUGCCAGCACCGAGUUCGACAUCACGCAGCUCGACUCUGCAUUUGAUCCCAAAUCCCGAGUCCAGCCAACUGGCAAAACUCUCAUUCUGCCCUCAGAUGUGGUGUUUCGCUCUGUCGGCUAUAAGUCAUCGGCGUUGCGUGGCUUUGCGGAAGCGGGCGUCCAGUUUGACGAACGCCGUGGUGUGGUUGACAACGACGGUCUCGGCCGUGUCACGCGCCUUGUCUCGGACGGUCAUGCCGGCGCCUCCACACAGCAGGUGCCAGGCCUCUAUUGUGCUGGCUGGGUGAAGCUUGGCCCGACAGGAGUCAUUGCAUCCACCAUGAAUGAUGCAUUCGCGACUGGCGAUGCCAUUGUUUAUGACUGGCUCGGUGGUGCGGCGUUCCUACAAUCUGGAGGCACUGCUCCUGGGUGGGAUGGCAUUCGCGGCGAAGGCGGCACUGUCAACGGGGACAAAGCAAUCAGUUGGGAUAACUGGCGACAAAUAGACAAGCUUGAAAAGGAAAAAGGUAGCGCCAAGGGCAAGGAGAGAGAAAAGUUCACAGAUACGACACAGAUGCUGUCCGUCAUCAGCUGA